AUGCUGUCUGUCCCCGCCAACCGCACUCUCCCACGGCGAGUCGACAGCCUGGUGGCCUCGAAGGGACCAUACUUUGUUGAGGUCGAGGAGGAACUGCGCGAUAUCAAGCGAGUCAAUUCGCAGGGCCAGGAAGAGGAUCUGAAACUCGCACUAAGUCGUACGAUAUGCAGGGUAGAGGAACUCAUGGCAUUGCUCAAGGAAGCAUUCAAAACGCAGACAGAGAUGCAGACAGAGCUCACGCUAACUAAGUCGAACCUCCAGCUGGCCCUUGCGAACAACGAGAUGCUUGAAGAUGCCCUCAAGCGUGAUGCUUCUGGCAGUGCGCGCGAUAUCGGCUGGCGCCGCUGGAGCGCCAAGGAGCAGAAAGAGCGCGAGGCAGAGGAGGAACGCCGCCGAAGUGUUGAUAGCGCUGGUUCCGUCGACGUCGCCCAUUCACAAAAGUCGCCCAUCCCGCCACACGCCCAUUCACCCGCAAUCAAGUCACCCCUUCCCCGCUCUGCGUCCGUCUUUUCUCCGAUUACCUCUGACAGCCGCUUCUUCAAGUUUCGUUUUGGCAGCGGCAGUGCGACCUCAGCGACGUUUCCGGCGUCCCCGCACAUCAACGGUGCCAGCACGAGCGUUAGUGUGAGUGCAACCGGCAGUCCAUCUCCGAAUGUCGCGGCACAGACGCACACAUCGCACCUUACAUCCGCCUCCCUCCCCUCACUCGUGCCAUCGUACGAGCGAGAUAAAGAGUUCGAAGAUCUCACCGAGCAGCUCAAGCGGGAGCGUGAGGCGCGGAAGAAGGCAGCGGCUGCCAAGGAUACGCUUGAGGCAGAAAUCGAGUCUCUCUCGCAGGCCCUGUUCGAAGAGGCAAAUAAGAUGGUGGCGACGGAGCGGAGGAAGCUUGCCGAGACGGAAGAUGAGUUGCGCGAGGCGUGUGCGGAACGUGAGGCCCUGCGGAGUGCACUGCGUCUCGUAGAGCGCCAGUGCGGCAGCCUGAGCGCAGACCCCAGGAUGUCCAGCCAGUCAGCACCGCUCCCCCGCACGCACAGCCGCGCCCGUUCCUCCUCAUCCGCAAUCGCGAUCAAGUCUCUACCUUCCUCUGAGCCUUCCUCCCCCGACUCAGAAUUAACGCCGGACUCUGCACAGAAUGCGACGUCGGCCGGUACCGUCGUCGCGACGUCCUAUCCACCGCGCCCGCCGCCACUCAACCUCGUCGAACCCGACUCGCCGCUCUUUGCUCCACCAACGCCUGAGGUAAUGCCGUUGACUGCCAGUCCGGACGCACUGGGCAUCCACCAACCAGCAAGCUCCCUCAACGUCCCGCACUCGCCCUCUGUAGGCCCCACGCGGACGCCGUCACCGGCGCCGUCCCUUCCGGGACGAUUUAUCUUGUCCCCAGGCGUCCCCGUGGACUACCUGGUGACGGAGGAGUCCCCGUGGGCGGACGUCGAGUCGAAAUCACCACAGCCGGCGAGUUAG